GUCGCAAUCGCCAGCGCACCGUCAUGAUGAGCAGAACCCUAACACUCUGCUGCCUGCUGGGCCUUGCACUGCCCGUCGCCUUAGCCGAGCUGGGCUGGUGGCGCUCAGCGCAGUUCUAUCAGAUCUAUCCGCGAUCCUUCAAGGACAGCGAUGGCGAUGGCAUUGGCGACCUGGAAGGCAUUACCCAGCAGCUGAGCUAUCUGAAAGAGAUUGGAGUGACGGCCACUUGGCUCUCGCCGAUUUUCACAUCUCCGAUGGCAGACUUUGGCUAUGAUGUGGCUGAUUUUUACAACAUCGACCCAAUGUUUGGCACCAUGGAGGACUUUGAUAAAUUGUUGGCACGCGCCAAGCAGCUGAACAUCAAAAUCAUCCUGGACUUUGUGCCAAAUCAUUCGUCCGAUGAGUGCGAUUGGUUCAAUCGCUCGGCGGCCGGCGAGGAGGAGUACAAGGACUUCUAUGUCUGGCACACCGGCAAGGUGGUCAAUGGCAUCAGGCAGCCGCCGACUAACUGGAUCAGCGUGUUCCGUGGCUCGCAGUGGACCUGGCACGAGGGUCGCCAGGCCUACUAUCUGCAUCAGUUCCUGGCCAAACAGCCGGAUCUCAAUUACCGCAAUCCCAAGGUCGUCGAGGCCAUGAAGGAUGUCCUCCGCUUCUGGCUGCGCAAGGGUGUCUACGGCUUCCGCAUCGAUGCGGUGCCCCAUGUCUUUGAGAUUGCGCCCGAUAAGGAUGGCAACUACCCGGAUGAGCCCCGCAAUGUGCACGUCAGCGAUCCCGAGGAUUACUCGUACUUGCAGCACAUCUAUACGACGAAUCAGCCAGAGACCAUUGAUCUGGUCUAUCAAUUCCGUGAGGUGAUCGAGGAGAUGAACGCGGAGCUGGGCGGCGACGAUCGUGUGCUCCUCACCGAGGCCUACGCCCCGCUGGAUGUCCUGAUGCAGUACUAUGGCAACGCCACCCACAAUGGCUCCCAGAUUCCGUUCAACUUUGAGCUGAUCUCGAAUCUGAAUAUCAAUUCCGAUGCCUACCAAUACUCGGAGCUGGUGCACAACUGGCUGGACAACAUGCCCGAGGGUCAAUCGGCCAACUGGGUGCUGGGCAAUCACGACCAGAGCCGCAUUGGCUCCCGCCUGGGCGCCGAUCGCAUCGAUUCCAUCAACAUGAUGCUGCUGACGCUGCCCGGCAUCAGUGUCACCUACCAGGGCGAGGAGCUGGGCAUGACCGAUGUCUGGAUCAGCUGGGAGGAUACCAUCGAUCCGCAGGCCUGCCAAUCCAAUCCGAACGAGUAUGAGCGCCUCACUCGCGACCCAGUGCGCACCCCAUUCCAGUGGAACGACCAGCCCCUAGCCGGCUUCACCACCGGCUCCGAGACCUGGCUGCCAGUCGCCAGCGACUACAAGCUGGUCAAUGUGAAGCGGGAGCGCGGCAUUCCACUCAGCCAUCUGAAUAUCUACAAGCAGCUGCGUAAUCUGCGCGACUUGCCCACUCUGAAGCAUGGAGAUGCCACUGUGAAUGCGAUUGGACCCAAUGUGCUGGCCAUCAAACGCUCUCUACAGGGUGAAAAGUCUUACAUAACUGUCAUUAAUCUCAGCGAUGAUGUCGAGUCGGUUAAUCUGGAUGCUGUGUUCGCUGGGCUCACAGCAGAACUGAAAUACGUUGUGGUCAGCGAGAAGAGUCUGCGGCGCAAGGAUGACAUCACCUUUGCCAAUUCGGUGCUGCUGAUGCCCAAGGAAGGCGUAGUCCUUGCCACUGUUUGAGGAGUAUUAGCU